UCAGAGAAAGUAAAAUAAUCAAUAAACACUAUUGCUGAUAUCAAAGUUAUUUUAUGAACUUAAAUUAAAUAUUAUUGUAUAAUCUUAUCUUUUAAUAUCUGACAUGCAAGACUUUAGACUUCGGUUUCGCUUUAAUUAAGUAUUCCCUAUAUUUCGCUACUAUUUGUGUUGUUAUUUCUGUAGUUGAUGCUAUUUUAUUUAUGUUUUGUUUAUAUGGGCGCGCACAAUACUUUUGUUGAUAUUUAUUUCUAUUCGGCAUAGAGAGCUGCUGCGCCGCUCUUGUCGAUGACCACUGGCUGCUGAGCAGAACCAGCAGAAAGCUAGCGCAGCUGUUGACAAAAGCAAAGUGGCGCACCAGCGCUGAUUGACCGCCUGACUGCUCACGUAAGGCAUGUUGGCUGCCUAGCAGGUUCACUGUUGACUGACUGCCGAGCUGUUGGCCUUUUGUUGGCUCUCGUGUGUUUGUUGUGUUUGGCUCUCGCCACGUUAUUUGUAGUCAACAUAUAGUAUUUGGCAUAUCCGUCUUCGUCUCUUGAUUGUGGGAUGGUUCACAGCCGCCAGCCGUGGUUUUCAUAGCUCAGUGCGCUUCCUAACUUGAAGGUAACACACCGUCAAGCACGCGCAACGCGGCACCGCACUACAAUAUCAACUCACGGUACGGAACGUACGACGCCGACGAGUGCUCGUAUUUAUUUGCAAAGUUACACGUAUGCAUAUAUUUGCAGUAUCUGAUUGCCUUGUUAUCUCAUUGUCUCGUUGUCGCGCAUUGUCUAUUUGGUGUCGUGAACAAAAGCAGUGCAUUGCAGCGCUUAAACAAAAGACCAACCAAAAAUGGCAAGAACCUAAGUGAGCUGUGCGAAGUGUCUAGCAGAAAAAUAUUCUUGAAAUAUAAUAUAAUAUAUGCAAAGACGAGUUGCAAAAGUUUUGUGAUUUUUGUGAAGCUGUGCAAAGUGUUUGUCGUUCGAAAAAAGUGUGACCCCAUAUCAAAGCAGCGCCUAACUAAGCGCUAGUAAACGCAUCAAAGCAACACAGUUGCUGUCUGCUCGCCUUAGCCUCAAUGAUAACGUGUAGCUAAUUACCUCAAAUCUCAUCAGCAGCGAACCACGACAACGACAGCAGCAGCGGUGUUGAAACAAAAGCAACGCCAGCAGGCAAAAAAAAAAACCAAAGCCCAGCCAAGCCAAGUCAGUCAGUCAGCCAACAAGUCCGUCACCCAUCCAGCUGGCAGCAUCAACCAGCGAGCGUGUUAACUUAAUUAUUUAACAUUAGCUCAAAGCAAUUUAGCGCAGCAUCAGCGUUGCAGUGUUGGCCGCGACUACAACAGCGACAGCAGUCAGCCAGUCACAGGCAUUUCACAUCACCGUCGUGCCAAUGCAACUUAACCAUUUUCACAAAUGGGCUACUCAACCUAAAUUUUAACCAGACUUUCUUUACAUACAUACGCACAUACUUACACACAUACAUACAUACAUACGUGUACAUAUCGCCUAAUAAGUUUUGGGUUGUAUUUGGUGCUGCUGGUACGACUUUGCCUAAGGCCUUCCAAAAUUUUCGGUGCUUGUCAGCUUCCUGAUAUUUGUUAUUUGUGUUUGUGCUUAUAAACAUAUUUCAUACACACACACACACAUAUCUAAACAAGCACUAAUUACAUCUUAGUGGCGGUAAUCAUUUAUGGUUUAUUACAUCGUUGCUGCCGCCAACUAUUUGUUAUGCAAUGCCGCACUUCGAUGAGUCGUUCGUCAGCGAUUGUUCAUAUGCCGAGAGCCAACAUGUUAUCUCAUACUCAUUGGAUCGUGGCAUGAAACUAUACCAGCGGCGCAAAUUGAAAUCGCCGAAAUUUUUUUAUACACCCUAUCGACCGCGUGUGGUCGUGAAAAAUGUCAUUCAAUAUAGUGCCAUCAGUUCUCCAUCCACACCCAACUCCUCGCUUUCCUCACAAUCGAAUCUUGUUUGUGCAGGUGGUGGUACGCCAUCGCCGAACACACCAUCCCCCGCCACACCAACUUCACAACAAUCCGCCAACACACCGCUGAGCGGCAACAGUGCGAUAUAUCAAGCCCCAGGCGCCGGUUACGGUAUCUCAACAUCCGGUCAUAAGAACAGUCUAAAGGGUACGAAAUUGGCGCGUAGAGCGCGCUCUUUCAAGGACGAUCUAAUAGAGAAAAUCUCCAUGAUUCGCACACCAAACAAUACGCUGGGAAGAUCGCAUUCCCCGCACAGUCCACGUAGUAAGUCCAUGAAACCGCCAACGACCGCCGAAGAGUUAGCCGCGGCUGAGAGUCCACUGCAGACGCAUGUCAAGGAUAUUUCGAAUGCGCUAAAAUAUUUUCGCGAUGUGAUAUUCCGUUCGAAGCUAGAAGUUCUGCCGGGCAAUGCUACUGUUAUACUCGAGACAAUCGCCAACAUGUACACCGUUAUACAGUCAUAUGCGUUGGAUAAGCACAGCAAUGUGCUUUUGUCGGCGACACAACAAGUAUAUCAGUCGCUGGGUAAAUUAGUGAAGCUUUGCGACGAGGUAAUGCUUAUCUAUGCAGCGCGCCGGAUCGACGACGAAGGUGUCGAAGAUAAUCUGCAAGACGAGCAUCAGCAAUUGAAAGCGCUGCUCAGCGAAGAUAAUGUAAAGGAGAUUGUUGAUUUACUUGCUGAUGCGGUGCGGAAUUUGGCGACGCUUGCACAUCAGAAACUGAAGGAACGCGAGGAGAAUGCUUUGAAGUAUGCACCAGACAAUGCCGUCGCAACUACGUUGGCUAAUAAUGGCGCAACCGUAUCGCACAAUCAUCUAAUGCAUCUGCCGGAUGUUGCUGGCCAACGUACGUCGCUGCCGGACAUAACGUUAACACCGAAGGAACGUGAUAUUUUAGAGAAAACCAACUCGAAUCCCAUACGCGCCUCACACAGUACGGAGAGCAUUUUGCGCGACACCAGCCCCCCACCUAAACCACCGCUACCGAACAGACCACCACCGCUGCCACCGAAACGCCGCAAUCAACAGCAACAACAGAGUUUAAACAAUAAGAGCAUUAACUCGGAUUUCGACUGGAGUUCGGACAUUUCACUGGGCAACUACGGCGCUGAUUAUAUCAGCAAUCUUUCGGUGCAUUCACACUCGCCGGAUGAAAAUUCUAGUCAAUGUUCACUCGAUUCAGAGCUGAAUCAUUCACGCGAGGAGGAGGAACUAAAGUCACUGGGUUUGGGUAAUCGCUACAAUGACAGCCUGCUCGAUAAUGAUGUUGAUAAAUUAAAUAGUAGCUUCGUUUCUAUGACAUCAGUGCGCACUUCGGCACAAAGUGUAUCGAAACGUUCAUCCGAUUGUGGUUUUCAAUCGUCCACCAAGUCCAGCUCGAACUCAGAAAUUGCAUUCGAUGCCAUUGAAUCGUCGAGUAGUGGUGAAUUCCAUACACAAGCGCAAGAGUUUCACCAGCACACAACAAAUUCGACAAUGACGAGCACAAUGUCAUCGACAAUGAUGGCCACAUCGACUAGCAUACUAAACAAUAUGUCUACAUUGUCGCAUGAGGCACGCUCGAUUAGCAAUAACAGCAGCAUCAGUCCUGAUCAUUAUGAGAGUAGCGGUCUCUUGACCGAACGCUCAAUGCAUACAAGCAGUACUAGUCACGUCACACAAUCGUCAUUUUCAUCGCUAGUAAAGGCUAGUAGUCUGGAUACAGCUUCAUCAUCGGAUGGUGGCAUGGGUUCCCACAAUGAUUUAGUGCCACCAGCAUUGCCGCCAAAAACUAGUCGAAAUAAAGAUGCGCGUAUAUUUUCGCAAUAUGAUAAUUUCGAUGAAAUCGACGAUCAUAAUGGCGAAAUUCCUGAACUUCGCCCUCAUCAUCACACCCACUACAGCAGUUACAGCCAACAUAAUCACCAAUUCCAUCAUAAUCACUAUCAGCAUCACGUGUCACCAUGGCAGCAAACGAAACAUCAAAGUCUACUCGACUCAAGGCAUUUGGUUAGCGGCUUUGUAAGCAGUUGCACGAGUAUUGGCGAUCCGGAGCAACCGCCACCGCUACCGGUCAAGAAAAAGCACAUGUUUCAAAGUGUGGCCUUCUCGGUUUUCGCAUAUAUGGAGCUGUGUCAGGGCCCCCAUCGACCCUUCGAUCGUCAUACGAUGCACGGGCAGAAUUUAACGGGGAACAUUACGCACAGCCAAACAAUGAACAUUGUGCCACUACCAAAGGACUUAUCGCCACCGUCGGAGCAAGAAACGCCACCAGCACUCCCACCAAAGAAUUACAAACAGCAGCGCAAGUCCAGCGCAACACCACCCACCAUAAUUACAACGCCACCACCUAGUCCAAAGCCUACACAUUUAAGUGCUAGUAGCGAUGCGGAGAAUGCGCGUCCAGCGCGCGUUUUAUCCGCCACACAGGGCAGUGAAAUGAUGUCCACCGUAUGUGAGGAGCUCGGCGAUCUGACAGAAGAAGAACAAGCGUCGCUCCGUCACUCUCACCAGCUGCCCAAUGAGAAUUGUCACGACAAUCAUGUGACAAGUCGUCAUUCACCACUGCGUCGCGCCGACACACAUGAGGGCACGACCAGCAGCAGAUCUGAUAGCGCUGGUGAAGAUCAAUUAUUGCAGAACAAUAGCUUUAGUGAUGAUAAGUGUGGUGAGUUGCAGACGGUGCCACAAGAUGAAUUGCCAAAAAUGCUGGAAGAAAUUGAUGUCACCAAAUAUUUGGUGCUCAAGCGAAAGGAUGAAGACGGACCGGAUGUGAAGGGCGGCUACGUUGAUGCAUUAAUCGUGCAUGCGAGCCGCGUGCAGAAUGAUAAUGCAUUCAUUGAUGCCUUCAUCACGACGUUUCGCACCUUUAUACAGCCGAUCGAUGUGAUUGAAAAACUAACACAUCGCUAUACAAUAUUUUUCUGUUGCCAAAAUGAUCAGAAGCAACGUGUUGCACGUGAGACAUUCUCACUACUAAUGCGAGUAGUGGAUGGCUUAACGUCAAUGGACCUGACAGAUCAGUUAUUAGCGCUCCUAGUUGAAUUUAAUUAUCAGCUGGUAUGUGCCGGCCAAUUGUAUUUAGCGAAAACAUUGCGCAGCAUAUUUGUAGAGAAGGUGACGUUAUACCGGGAACAACGUUUGCCACCACCCAAAGCCGAUAUGCAUAUCACCGUCACCAAUCAGCCCAGCCUGCUCGAUCUCAAAUCGGUGGAAAUUGCCGAACAAAUGACACUACUCGAUGCCGAUCUAUUUCAGAAGAUCGAAAUACCCGAAGUAUUGCUCUUUGCCAAAGAACAGAGUGAAGAGCGUUCGCCCAAUUUGAAUAAGUUUACCGAACACUUUAAUAAUAUGUCAUUUUGGGCACGUUCGAAAAUUCUCACUUUAGGCGAUGCCAAAGAACGUGAAAAACAUGUUAUUAAAUUCAUAAAAAUUAUGAAAUAUUUGAGAAAAAUGAAUAACUACAAUUCAUAUUUGGCUUUAUUAUCAGCGCUCGACUCGGCGCCCAUUCGGCGACUGGAGUGGCCCAAGACUAUAACGCAAGACAUCAAGGAAUAUUGCCUGCUAAUUGACUCUAGCUCUAGUUUUCGUGCAUAUCGCACUACUUUGGCUGCUACAAGUCCACCUUGUAUUCCGUAUAUUGGUCUAGUCCUGCAAGACUUAACAUUCGUACAUGUUGGCAAUCCAGAUUAUUUGAAGGAAGGCGUGGUCAACUUCUCCAAACGUUGGCAGCAAUAUCACCUAAUAGAGAAUAUGAAGCGCUUCAAAAAAUGUGAUUACAACUUCCGCCGCAAUGAGCGCAUUAUACGUUUCUUCGAUAACUUUGAGUAUGAACUGGGUGAGGAAGAAAUGUGGCAAAUAUCGGAGAGUAUAAAACCGCGAGGCCGACGACCUGUACAAGCAUAAAAUGUUUGCGCAGCGAAAGCCAUACAUUCACAUAUCCUGAAGGAAUACUCAAUUAUCAGCAAAGAAAUAAAAUAACAAAAAUGAAAUGUGCACGCAAUAUAAUAGAAUUACUUAUAUGCAAACUACAUUAUUCAGUGCUGGCAGAGGGAUAGCAUUUAAUGAGAGUAACAGCAGUCGAGCAGAAAAAUAAACACAAAACAAAGCUAUUAAAUAGUAAUAAAAAAAAAUAUAUAUACCAAUGCACAGUUAUAUAGGAUGCACACUUGCUAUCAUCAUAUAUAUAUAUAUAAACGCAUAGUGAUAAUCACCGCAACAUGCACUCAUUGAAAGCACAUCUUAUUUCGACAUAAGCAAAAAUUAUAAUAAUAUGCCAACCAAAUAAAAAAUUGCACAUAAGUACGAUUUGAAAAGUAGUAAAUUGCUUUAAAUUAACAAAAGCUUAUGAAAAAUGUAGAACAAAGAAAAAACAAAUCAGCUCAAAUGAUGGUGAGCAACCAAAUACCAAACCAAACUCAACUUGCACCGACACAAACACAACGAAAUUAUAUUAUUAUAUAUUAUAUUGUAUGUAUUGCAUGUUUUUGUACACCUUAUCAGUUUUCAUAUAUGAAAGAAUUUAACUGUCUCUUUAACAGUAAUGAGCAGUCGAUAAGAACGCCGUGUUUCAUAUAACAAGCAAUCAAGUAAUUUGUUUUUAUAUUCAUGUAAAGUAACAAUAAAUCAACGAUAAAUUCAUAAACCGUCAA